UGAGCCCGUUCGCCUCACAAGUCACAACUCACACCUCAUCCGCUUCCUCUAGCUUUCUCGCUCGGCCGGAGCGGCGCGGCGCAUCCCAUCCCACCACUCCCUCUCUCGCCCCCGACCCGUCGCAAUGGCCGCCGCGGCCGCGAUCUCCGCGCCCCCAGGGCCUCCCCGCCUCGCGCUCCACCUGCACCCCUCCCCCUCUCCCUCCCCCUCCUCCGCCUCCCCGCUCCCGAUGCGCGCUCUCCCCGCCCUCCGCCGCCGCCUCCGCCCGCUCACCACCGCCGUCCGCGCCGUCAAGCAGGAUGCGGCCGUCUGGACGCCCGCGCCCGUCUCCGCGGUCGGCGCGGCCACCGCCGACGGCUCCAUCUUCCACGUCGCCGUCGACCUCUCCGACGCCGCGGGCCUCGCGGAGUCCUACACGGCGCCGGGGCAGUACCUCCAAAUCCGCGUGCCCUCCGGCGGCGGGGAGGAGAUCAAACCGGCGUUCAUGGCCGUCGCCUCGCCGCCCGGCGCCGGGGCGCGGUUCGAGUUCCUCGUCAAGUCCGUGCCGGGGACCACCGCGGAGCGCCUCUGCGGGCUCCGCGACGGGGGCGUGGUGGAGCUCGGCGCGGUCAUGGGGAAGGGGUUCCCCCUCGAGAGGAUAACGCCGCCGGAUGCCGCGCAGGCCGUGCUCAUCUUCGCCGCCGGGACGGGGAUCAGUACUAUUCGUUCACUUGUCGAGUUUGGUUUUGGUGCCAAUGAAAGAGCGGAUGUGAGACUUUAUUAUGGUGCCAGAAGUCUGAAGACUAUGGCAUAUCAGGAUAGGUUUAAGAAUUGGGAGUCAGCAGGACUUAAAAUAAUCCCAGUCCUAUCACAACCGGAUGAUAGUUGGAAAGGUGAACGUGGAUACGCUCAGCACGCUUUCUUGAGAGCAAAGAACAUAGUAAAUCCAUCUUCUACGGGAGCAGUGCUAUGUGGACAGAGGCAAAUGCAAGAGGAAGUCACGACGGCCCUUGUUGCGGACGGUGUAUCGCAGGAUAAAAUUUUGACCAACUUCUAGAAACGAUCUCCGGCCUCCUGUAUUGUACUGCUAUUCAUUUGGCCUCGUUUUGUAAAUUUUAUUCUUAGACCUCACUGCCAUGUUCCAUGAAUAUAUAUAUCAACCGAACGUCAGAGAGGAACAAGGCCCUACUAUUUUUUUUUUGUUUUAUUCGUUGAAUGUAUUAGCAGAGUAUGUCAACUUUGCCCAUU